AUGCAACUCCAAGCGCUGGGAUAUGACACAUUCUGGUUGUAUUCGAUUUCGGCCGUCAUCAUGGUUAGCAUGAUCACCAGCAUUCUUUCGUGCCUGUGCUGUCGGCGCAAACAAGAGAUCAAAAAUGAUCUUCUUGGUCUAGAAGGUAUGGUAAAGCUCACAAAUCCAGAGGACACUAUAGUGGCCUCAGGUUCAACCGGUGCAAUCAAUGCAUCAGUCGGCACAGCGAACGGUGCACCCGUAACAGCAUCUACAAACACUUCGAAUCUACGACCGGCCAGUGUCGGCGGAGGUUUUGGUUCUGAUACCGAAAGCAGCAGUAAAAGAACUUCUAAUGCACCCCAUCGGAGCCUACCUGAUAUACCAAUAGCGGAACCCACCGGAGAUAACAAUUCUGAACUGUAUGCAACUGUCGGAGAUAAAGUGCAAGAUUUACCACAGGGACGAAGCCCAUCUACGAGUUUGAAGAAACAAACGAGCGUCUCGCAGCACAGCUCCAUAAGUCAGGCGGACGAUAUUAGUUCUCCCUACGCCCGGGUACGAUCACCACCGCAUGCAUAUGAUAAAUUGAGACGCAUGGAACAUCCGUAUGCGCAAGUGUCUCAACCGGGCACAGGUGUCGGUGGGGCAGGCUUCGAUGGAGGCAUCGGUGGUCCAUCUGGAAUGUCUAACCGCUCAAAGCCGCGGGAUGGCGAUGAGGACGAUGACGAAGAUGACGAUGACGACGAGUUAAUGAGUCCCAUUUCGCGACGGGAAUCCGCCCAAAAUCUAGAAGAUCGCGAAACAUCUACUGUGGACAUUCCGGCUGCGUCUGCGAUUGCCGGACGAGUUUCUGCUAGUCAAGAUCUACCCUACAUGACUCCACCAAUCGUUCAACCAUCGACGCAACAUUUUAGUGGAGACUCUCAAGAUUCUUCCAAGGGUUAUACGAGCAUAAGCGUACGGGAACCGCUGGCAAAUCUUAUGCCACAGAACCUUCCGAAUCAAGCAACAGCGAAACGAAGACAGAUAUUGGGCGAUUCACACUAUGCCACCGUUUCGGACGAUUCCGACGAGAUGUAUGCCGCAAUCGAUGAUCCGGACAAUCAGGCCGACCUCUACACCAGCGGAUCGGAAACAUAUGCUCAAAUUCAACCGCCAAAUGCAAUGACGGUGUCGGUGGAAAUAAACACCGGCGCAUCGAGCCGACCACAACCGCCAGCUAUGGCAGCGAAAGAUACAUCUGACGCGGGUGGUGUAUCUGCGGUGGGAAUGAGCAAUGCGAGUGCUAAACUUGCUAUUUCCGGUGCAAAUCGCUUAAGCAAUCACAGCCAGAUGGCAGUGUCAGGCGAUGAGCAUUCAUCACACACAGGUUUCCCGUCGCACCUGGCCCCGUCGAAUGUUGUGAGUGAGGGAGGGUUGCGAGCACAACAAUUCGUGCAACACUCACGCCAAGCAUCUUCCUCGAGUUGCACCAGUUCGGUAGGCAACCUGGGCUCACCAAAACCCGAGAAACGACAAGCCAACAGCCCGCUACCUCCAACACCAAAGACGUUGAAACACCAGGCUAAUAGUUUCUUCAAUACAUCGAACCAAUCGGUGCUCGGAUCUAGUAGCGCAGCAUCGUCCAGUCCUGCGACGGUUACUUCCGGCCGUAAUUCGGUCGCUUCUGUUAUCGAGUAUACCGCCAGUCUGCCAACGUCGAAUAGAGACAACAUCGGAAUUAAGCCCACGGGUGAGAACGACAACACAAUGCUGCCAAAUGGUUCUACCGUGGGAAACAAGCAAAAGAAAAGUCCUUCCAAAGAUCUUGAAGGCAUGUACGCAAAGGUUAUGAAAAAGAACAAACUUUCUAAGGUUCCGUCACAAAAUUCUUCACCCGUUCCGUUGCGCAAGGAUGGCCCUUUGGAUGAGCAACAAUAUAAGCAGCAAUUCUUGUCCGACUCCGAUAUGUCGCAGUUCAAUAGUAGUGGAUCAUUGCACAGUGGAUCGCCGAAUAGAAAAUUGGUAGGAGCGCAACGGAACAGUACUGAUGUAUGCCAAAACAAGGAUCCGGGUUAUGAAACUAUCCCGGGCGAGAGCAGGAAGAUCGGUGUUGAGUCGGUUCGGAAAUCUGCCGAUUACGCACAGAUUCAAAAAAUGCAGCGAAAUGCCGCGGCUGCUGGUAGUAUUGUGGUAGCGAGUGCACUGUUACCUGGUAUUGAUGGCAGCCCAUUGAGCACGGUUGUAGCACAAGCGGAAACCGAGCCGGGAUAUGAAAGUUUGCCAGACACACGUGGCAGCAUCAACGAUCCAGGAUAUGAAACACUGAAUCGCGUAUCACAUCGCACCGAAUCGGAUUCAGACCCAAACUAUGAAAUUCUACGGCCGACCGGUGGAAAGCCCUCGUCUUCGGGCGUCGGGACGCCGGGGAACAAAAAGCAGCAGCCCGCAAGUGGAGACGACGCUAACCGUGAUAGUGACGGAUAUAGUAGCAUAAGGGAACCGGGACGAACUUUCGCACAGACAAUGAAAAAUAGUGCAAGAAGUCGGUUGGAUUUUGGAGAUGACGACACAGACGGUAGCACACCUGGGUACAGUAGCAUAAAAGAGAAGGACGAUUACGAUCCCGGGUACAGUGUGAUUUCGGAGCGAAAGAAACCACCGCUAGGGCACGAUUACGCCAGCAUUACUGAGGACGUGAAAAAACGAAAACCGAACAUUAACAAUAAUCUCGAACCCGACGAAGAGUCCGAUAUAUAUUCCAGUAUACCCCAUACCUCAUCCGGUACGCUGACACUUCCUUCCCCGUCCGCAAAUGCAAUGGGAGAAUCCAGCUUGGGAGCGAGCCCAACGGGGUUAGACAUAACAGUUGAAAGUUGCCCUAACUUUGUCACCACACCUGAACGAUUGGGUGGCGCGGUAGGCAUGGGCACCGUUACUUCGUCUCCAGGAUAUUCGAGCAUAUCGGAUACACGAACAACACCUUCCUCAACCGAUGGGGACGGUGAUGGAAGUACAAGUUCCCCUGAUCCGCUGAUCGAUUACAGCAAGCACAAUAACAAUACCAACACCACCGCUACGACGAACAACAGUCUCAGUAGAAUAUCGAGUAACUAUGAGUCGCUCACUGGCAGUGAGUCGGAUCCCAAUUAUGAAUCAGUAAAAUAUCUCAACGUGAAAGAAAAUCCUUAUGAAAGGCUGCAUAACGAAGCUGCCGUUGUCGGUAGCGGUGAAAGCGUACAUAAAUCGGUCACGAACGAUUCGCUAACGACAGACUCAGACACGGCUACACCCACUCCGGCCGCACAGGUGCCGAUGGCGGCUAUCGCUUCGAACGUUCGAAAAGGAACGGCAACACCAGACAGCGAUGGUGCUGCAACGGCUGUAAGUGAUUAUUUUCAGGUUUAA